AUGACCCGGAAAGAAGUGAACCAACUCGGCGUACUUGGGGCCACCAGUUAUAUUAUUGGCUCUGUGAUUGGAUCCGGUAUAUUUGUCUCUCCGAAAGGAAUUCUUCAAUACACUGGUUCUGUAGGAUUGUCACUAAUAAUUUGGGUAGCAUCAGCUUUCUUGGCGGCUCUAAACGCAAUUAACUACAUCGAACUUGGUACUAGCAUACCGGAGUCGGGUGCCGAAUUCGCCUACAUCAGCUAUGUUGAGUGGUAUCCAGUCGCUUUCUCAUUUCUUUGGCUGACUUCCAUCAUAGAAAGUUCAUGCAGUGGAGCAGCGUUGGCACUCACCUUUGGACAAUAUAUCAUGGAAGCAGUCACUCCGAUCGCCUGUCUGGACGAUGAUAAGCGAAAAACCGCAGAACUACUUCUUGCAUAUGGCAUUCUGCUUUCGACAUCGCUGCUCAAUAUGUUUUCGCUUAGCCGAUUCGCAGGUCGAAUUCAGUUUGUCAGUAUGGCAGCUAAGAUUGCAGCUCUGAUUAUGAUCAUAUCAAUCGGUCUGUUCUACAUGAUAUUUAAAGGUGAUACUCAGCAUUUCAGCAAGGACUACAUUUUCAAAGACAGUGACUGGUCAGUUAGUCAAAUUGUGCUCGCCUUAUACCAAGGCAACUGGGCCUACGCCGGCUAUACAAUCCUCAAUUACGGCAUGGAAGAUAUCCAGAUAAAAAACUUCAAGAGUUACGUUGAGCUGAAAAGUGUUUUUGUUUUUUCCCACUUCACUUCCCUUUUCAGGACUAUCCCGGUAGCAGUGCUUGGUGGGCUCCUUGUGACUGCACUAAUCUACGUCUUAGCGAAUAUAGCGUAUUUUGCUGUACUCACGCCUCAACAAAUACUCGACUCUUCGGCUGUCGCAACGACGUUCGCUCAGCAAACCAUCGGCUCAUUCUCGUAUGCAAUGCCAGCACUUAUAGGAUUUCUUAUGCUUGGUAGUGUCAACGCAGAGAUAUUUGCUUGGAGCAGAUACUUGUUGGCUGGUUCUCGUCGAGGAAUGAUGCCCUCGCUAUGGUCACUCAUUCAUCCUGACAAUGAUAGUCCGCGGCCUGCAGUAUUCACUCAUACUAUUCUGUGUAUGGUCUUUUGCUUGAUUGGCAAUGUCUAUACUCUUGUGAACUAUUUGACGGUGGUAGCUCUCUUGUCAACUAUGUUCUCUCUUGCGGCUCUUAUCCUCAUCAAAUGGAGGAAUAUUCCUGUCAGCGCGAACGCAGUGAAGGAUUGGAUAGUCGCCUUCAGUUGCACAAAGGACGUCGGCAUUUCACCUCACUCCACGACACACGGUUACCUCAGUUACUAG